ACAAUCGCACGAUUCUACCAGUCUGUUAAGCCCUCUCCGUGUAGGUUUCGACCCAGCAGAAUCACAUCGUGGAUCGCCGCACAAAAACGUGGGAGCCCUGAAUCGUGCGUGUUUUGCGAUUCUGACUUGUUUUUCAUUUUUACUUUUUGGGCCUUUGAAAGCUUAAAAACCUAAACGCCCAAGACUCAAAACAAGGCAGAACCGCUCAACUGCGCCGUGAAACUCUUCUUCUCAUUCACAUUCAGUUGCGCGAAGCACCAUCAGGCUCUGCAAAUGCCAAUGGUGGAUUUGGAGGGCACAGAAGGUUACAUACCUUCCACAGAGUAUGUGGAAGACAGCAACGAAACACUCAUUAACUUGACUGACUCAACUGAGCUUUUGUUUCUUAAGUUGCCUUCUUCCAAUGAUUUUUUAUCUGACAUACAUGGGCAGAAAUUGUUUCUCACUCUUCAUAAUGAUGGUAAACUAGCCAGCUUCGAGGAUUCAUCAGGUAAAGUAUAUGAUUUUGUAAGCUAUUCUGCUCAGGAGCCAGACGAAACAGUUUUUGUUCCCUCUACAGAACCAAAAAUAGGAAAGAUUUCGAUGCGAGUUUCCACUGUCCAUUACCCUGGUCCUAAAGAACUUGAAAAGCUCAAUUCAACUAACGCAAAACAUGCACAUGGAAAUUCUUCUGGAGUCACUGGGACAACUUCAUCUCGAUAUUUUCCUAUGCAAAGUGGUGGAGCAGCUUCAUCAAAAGGUAGCAGACAGAGAAGCUCUCUAACUGAAGCUAGUGAGCCAUCAAGUAUUUCAAAAAGAAGACACGCGUCUAAAUCUAAAUCCAACUUGUCCGAGACUUCACAUGAGCACAGCACUGGCAUUUCGUCCAUGUCCCCAAAUCAUUCUCAUGAAGGAAAGGCAAAGAGAAGAAAACAUAAGGAAUAGUGUUUCCUAUACUCGCCAUUGGCCUAUUUAAUAGUGUAAUAUUUAGAGGUUACAUUCUCCCAGGCCUUUAAAUAUGUCCGGAAAGACUAGUGCUAAACUUUUAUGUUGCAAAAUGAUAAAUUUAAAUGUUUGCAUUCUCUUUUUUGUCUUUUUUUUUGCAAAUGUUCAUUUGCUUCAGUUGGACAAUGUUCACUGAUGUAAGGAGUAAGACCCUUUCGUGCUCCUAUGUAUACUUAAGGGCGAUAUUAAUUUUGUUGUGUUUCUCUUGUGGUUUGGU